UGUUAUGGUUGAGAUUUAGAACAAUUAUAUAAGAAUUGUUCUAAAUCUUAACCUUAACAGUUUUGUCAAAAUACAAAAGGAAGAAUGUAGCAGGACUAUAGCAGGUAUGACUUGUGAAGAGAGAAGAAUAGCAGCAGUGGUUGGUGCACUGAUAGCAGAUGCAGCAGCACAACCACUUCACUGGAAUUAUAACAUUGACAAACUUAACACAAUUAUUGGAGAUGAAAAAGAAAUUGCAUUCUGGGAACCGUCUGCCAAUCCAUUCUACUGCAGACCAAGAGGAAGUCACAGUUGUUAUGGUGACCAGUCAUAUGUCAUUUUAAAGUCAUUGGUUACAAAUAAUGGUUUGGAUGUCCCUAGUCUUCAGAAAUCAACAUAUGAAUUUUUCGGACCAAACACAGAUUAUGAUGACAAAGACAACAAAGAAUACGAAACAAAAUCAGAUGUUUCAAAGAAAGUGUAUCCUAUAAAAGCUGGAUGGAGGCAUGGUAGUGUAAAAGCAUUUCUUAAGAAAUUUGAGCAGGGGCUAGAAGACACAGGCUGUGAUAAGGAUGAACAGAUGGAUUGUGUCCUAAGGAUUGUCCCUGUUGUUGCUCUGUAUGCUGGUAGACCUGAUAUGUUGGAGAAGGCUGAGAGUGUUAUCAGAGUAACACAGAAUUCUGACACAUCUGUCGCUGUUGGUUUGGCUGCAGCAAGAAUACUAGAACAGUAUAUAUUGUAUGGUGAGAAGGAAGAUGUAGUAGAAUGUGUGAUAGAAGAGUUAAAUAAUCCUAACAGAACCAAUCCUCAGGACUUAGAUAAAGCUUUGGCUGGGCAGUUAAGAGAAGUUCUACAAUGCAAAGAUAUUGACCAUAGAACUGCAGCCAAGAAGUUCAGAAUUGACUGAGCCAUACCUGGUGCAUUCCAGUUAACUACUCAUGAGGUACUGACUGGUUCCAGUUAUACUGGAUCCAUACAAGAAACCAUGAGGUCUGGAGGGUGCACCUGUUCAAGGGGAGGCUUUGUUGGAGCUUGUUUUGCUGCUCGGAAUGGCCUAGCUGGUAUACCAGACACUUGGAAAGAGAAGACAUUGAAUUCUAAAGAUGUCAUUGACCUUUCACAGAAAUUGGUGAAGAUACCAUUAGCAUAAGGCUUAGCCAUUGGACUUGUUAAUUAGUGAGAUGAAACUUGAUGGAAAGAACACAAAGUUUUUAAUUUAUGUGUCUUUGCCUUUAGAAUAUUGAAAUUUGACUUGUGUAAAAUUUUUCAAGCAUUUAUUUGUUACAUUUAAAGUACCAGUCUUGUAUACUAAUUUCAAACACUAACCUCAAUUUUUAUUAAAAACAUAUUGCUUAAGAAGUAUUUCUAUAAACGAAGUACGGAAGUAGGAUGAAGAUUAUUUACCUAAAUUGAUACAAAAUUAUUUUUUUCAUAUAAAAAAAGUUAACAAGUAUGACAAAUUUGUUUGAAUCCAAAUUGGAGAAUAAAUUUUGAU